AUGGAUAUUACAACUUCCCCUUCACAGAUUCCAGCUUGGGUGUCUCUGACAUCAGAGGAAGCUGAGGACGUUGAUGAACCCCCAGAGCUGCAUCAGAAGUUUGAGAGAACGUGUAUUCGACGUCCUCAGGACCAAUCGUCACUUCUUACCAAGGCUAUCUUGGCUGAACCAGAGGAGGUGCCUACACAUCCUGCUCAUUCCAUUCUCUUGGGCACUCAACGGCGACGAUCCAUGACCAGCAACAUUAGUGUUGCUUCCACUGCAGAUCUCACUAGUGAUACUGGUAUGACGAGCCCCUGCCGCACGAAUACUCCUAGUCCUCCAAUCCCCGAGAUGGCUGCUCUUCGAUUGCACCAUGAAAUUACCACCGCGGAGAAGAACCACCUCGCCGUCGCCGCCGCUCCGCAGCCUCCCAAGAAGCGAUGUAUUCAGUUUGCAUGCGCUGCCAAACCUCCCGUUACUCAAGCUGAGGCGAUGGUCAAGGCACCUUCUGCAGAGCAGGCUCCCCGACGACCAUCCAUCAAGUUUGCUCCUCAUGUAGGGUCGGCAUCAACUCAAAAUACACCUCCAAGGCAGAUUUCUGAUCCCGGCACACGACCUCAUUUGGCUACGAAUUCCGAGUCACCAUCAACUCCUAAAAAGACGUCUGCUCUCUCUACUGCUCUUCACACGUCGCCGCGCCCAUCUGCCGUUCAUCGCCUGUCAAAUAAGAUUGCCCUUGCUCGACCGAAAUUCCUCCGUGCCAACUCCAAGGAUCUCGCAAAGGAUAGCUCCCAGUUUCACGAAUUUGCAAGUGGUACAGCUCGCGAAGAAGAUUGGAUCAGGCAACCUUCAUCAGCGGCAACGAGACUAACUAUCUAUGACACAUUGACGAAGGAAAACCACUUUCGUCGUCUCGGAGCCGAAGCCGAAGAGGAGGCAGAAUUGGAAGAAGAGGAAGCUGAAGCUGGCUCAGAUGAAGAUGAAGAGGAGGAGGAGGAGGAUGAAGACGAUGGGGAGAAUGAUGAUGACUUAGAAGAAGAUGGCGAAGAAGAUUUUCAAGAAGAUUCUGAUGGCUAUCACACCGACUCUGAGACUGGUUUCGCCGACUCCGAUGAGGAAGACGAAGAAGAGGAUGAAAACAUGGUUCUCUGGACUCCCAGCCAUGCCACUAGCCGUCAGAUUCAAGUCGUGGCUCCCAUACGACGACCAUCGGUGAAUGAGCCCCAGUCUGAUUCCUCGGCCGCUAGCUAUGGCAGCCGAUCAAGCACUCGACGAGCUAGGCCUCGACGUAUCAAGGCCGAAUCCGACGCACCAGAUCUGCCCGACAGCACCGAUUUCGUUUGUGGUACCCUGGAUGAGGACAGACCUCUAGAAGAAGCCUAUCUUUCUUGCUUGGCAGCUCGCCGCAAUGAGAAAUUACGAGUCAUUCCACAAGAUAUUGACCCCAGCUUUCCAGCUUCUGAUCCCGAUAAUGAUGACGAGGAGGAAAUCUACAACCCUGUUCACCACGACAGCGAUGAGGAUGUAUGGGUUCAAGGCCGGAUGGAGGAUCUCCACCAUGGCCAGGACCGCUCCCGCCGAAGAAGAAAGAGUGAACAGGCAUCGCCUCGCAAAUAUCGCUCUCCGCCACCAAGACGACAUCAUUCCCCUGCUCCCAAGAAUCGAGGUCGCUCUCCUAAGCCAUUGUUUGGGCGACAUUCUCCCAAGAGAAUCCGGUCUCCAGCACCAAAGGCGAUGAACACUCCGUUGCAGACGCCACGACAAGGUCCUCACGUUCAAUUCCACUUGGCUGGUCGACCAGGCAUGACGCAAACAAAGUCUUUGCCUCGAGCUCCCGCAAUGUUUCCACCCAUGAAGGGUAGCAAGACAGCCAGGCACCAGCAUCACCAUGACUCUGACUGCCAUCUUCGAGGCGCUAUUGACAUCGUCAAGGGUCUUGAACGCAAACGUCAACGCCGCAAGGAAAAGUUUUUCCAAAAGUACUGCAAUCGCGCAAGACGUGGCCAAAUUCCAGAGCGCAAGCCUCAGCCCGGGCGAGGCGCCGAGCGUAUGAAGGAGCUCGGCUUGCUCAUGGCUGGCAAGAAGGAUCAGGGCAAUUAUGUCAUGUCUAUCUAA